GUAUAUAUCGAGAACCGUGGACGCCGAGAUUUUGACCGCUGCAUUCGUUCGUAAAGGCAUACAUAAGCGUAUUAAGAAGGGAAUAUAACAAGUUGGUAAUGAUGAUGGCUAGUGCGAGAACCCGUUCACUGCAACAUGGCCGUCACCGUUGAUGUAAGCAACGUCAUCACCGCUGAUGUAAGUAACGACAUCACCGUUGUUGUAAGCACCGCCAUCAACGUUGAUGUAAGCACCACUGUCACCGUUGGUCUGUUUGGCUUCCUAAGCAACAGGGGCAACGGGGGCAACGGGGGCAGCAGCGAGACCCUGACCGGGGUGGCCAGCGUUCAGGUCGUCCUGCUUAAUCUCGCCGUUGGUGUGGGGCUUGUUGGGGCAGUCACGCGAGAUGUGGCCGGUCUCGCUGCACUGGUAGCAGGUCUUGCCGGCAGUGUUGAGGGGACCGCCGUUGGGAGCGGUGCAAUCGCGGGAGAUGUGACCGAGCUUGCCGCAGGCAUAGCACUUCAUGGCCUGAGCCUGGCAGUCGCGGGCAAAGUGGUUGGGGCCACCGCACUUGUAGCAGGUAGCGGGGCGAGCACCGCCAGCAAAGCCACCACGUCCGAAACCGCCGAAGCCACCACGGCCAACGGGAGCACCGCGGGGGAGGCCAGUGGGAGGGUUAGGGCAGGCGCGCUGUGGGAAGAAAACAUGGUCAGAGGGCCAUACGAAGGAUCACCAGAAAUCAAGAGCUUCGUACCAUGUAGUGACCGGGCUGGCCGCAGUUGUAGCAGCGGCUGGUAGAACCGGCACCGCUAAUGCGGAGGGUAGGGCAGUCAGCCUGGACGUGGCCGAGACCCUGGCAGUGGUAGCACUGCUUGGCCUCGGUGCUACGAGGAAGAGGGCAUUCGCUGGACUCGUGGUCUGCCGGUGGGAGGUUAGAGAAUCGCGAUAUAAGGCCACCAAUCAGGGACGGAGAAAUGACGUACUGGGCUGCUUGCCUGUGUCACAGUGUUA